AUGGAUUCUAGAAACCCUUUAGGUUUUUCACCGCAUAAUUUUCAGGAUCUUUUGAAUUCUCAAAAAGUUUGCAACGGUUAUGAUAAUAGUCUUCUUCCUAAUACCACACAAACCUCUCAGCCUAUUCAAUUUAGCAACCCAUUCUCUUCUCAGCCUGUCUACUUUAGCUCUACAUUCUCUUCUCAGCCUGUCCACUUUAGCUCUGCAUUCUCUUCUCAGUCUGUUAACUUUAGCACCCAAUCUGAAUACUGUAUUGAGGUUACGGUAGAUGAAAAUGAAGAAGAGGGAGGCAGAGGAAGUAGGAGGAGGUGGAGUGCACAGGAGGAUGUCAAUCUCAUAAGCGCAUGGUUAAACACAAGCAGAGAUCCAGUAGUAAGUAACGAGCAGCGGAUAGAUAGCUUCUGGAAGAGGGUUGCAGACUAUUACACAGCAAAUGAUGGAGCAUCUGGUUCAAACGCAAGAGGGGCUAUGCAAUGUCCUAGGUGGAACAAGAUAAAUAACCAAGUUAACAAGUUUGUUGGGUGUUACGCACAAGCGAGUACAAGAAGGAAGAGUGGAGAAUCAGAAGAUGAUGUGAUGACUGUGGCGUAUGAGGUUUACAAGAACGACAUGAAGAAGCCAUUUACUCUAGGAAUGCUGGAGGGAAUUGAAGCAUGA